AUGGCUAAUAAAUUGAAAAGGGCUUCCAAUAUUACUGCGUUUGAUGUCGCUCAACGACGUCGAGUUAGCGAACAACUGCGUGCAGAUUCAUUUUGGAGUGAUUUUUCGUCAUUCGAUUAUCGCAGUGCUGGUCGAAUAAGAUCAAGUGAUGAAAUCCAUGCAAUGGCGGAGACAUCGGUUAUAACUACAUUUGAUAGCCGAGCUGAUAUUCAUCUUACUGUGCCACAUCGAGAAAAUUAUCAUCUACGUAAGAUUCGCAGCAGUAGUACGAUCGAGACAAUAAAAGAAGAAGAUAGUCAUCGAGACAGUAUCAACGAUGUAAAUAUUACUCCUGAUCCAUCACCUAUAGAACCAGCAGAAAUUCUGGUUAAAUGCGAUGAUGAUGUUAUUCAUAAUUUAUCGGAAUAA